AUGACCGCUGAGAUUCAGACAGAACCAAGGCUUAAAGUGGGAUUGCCAAGAAACGGUUCUCAGUCAACUCAAAAUGACAUUAUAAUCCUUAGAAAUAUAAAAGACACAAGCAUUGCAAAAGAAAAAAAGAAUGAGAAACAGAACCAUACAAAAGAUAACUCAGCUUCAAGAUGGCGAUCAAAUGCUCGUAGGUAUCACCAGCAGAGAGGAUACUCAAGAUUCAGAAACAACUCUGAGGAAAGAAAUUAUGAUAAAAAACCAUACCAAGAAACUUCUGGAUUCAAGUCUGGACAAAGCCCUUUAAACAGGCAGCCUUUAAUUACACAGGAGAAGAGCAAUGACAAUUACAAAGCCCAAGCAGAGAAGAAUCAAGACAAAUCAGAGGGGAGCCAGCAUCAGUUGGAAGGAAAUCAAGGCAAAUCAGAAGGAAAUCGAGGCCAAUCCGAAGAAAAUCGACACCAUUCAGAGAGAUCUCAAGGCCACUUAGAGAGAUCUUAUGGUCAGUCAGUGAGAUCUCGAGGGCAACUAAAGAGAUCCCUUGGUGAAUCAGAGAGAUCAUAUGGCCCAUCCAAGAGAUUUUAUGGUCAAUCAGAGAAAUCUCAUGGCCAAAUAGAUAGAUCUUAUGUUCAAUCACAGAGAUCUCAUGGCAAAUCAGAUAGAUCUCAUAGCCAAUCAGAGAGAUCUCGUGAUCUCAUGGCCAAUCAGAGAGAUCAUACGGCCAAUCAAAGAGAUUUCGUGGCCAAUCAGAGAGAUCUCAUGGCCAAUUAGAGAGAUCUCAUGGCCAAUCAGAGAGAUCUCAUGGCCAAUCAGAGAGAUCUCAUGGCCAAUCAGACAGAUCUAAUGGUCAAUCAAAGAGAGAGAUCACAUGGCCAAUCUGAGAGAUCACGUGGCCAAUCAGAGAGAUCUCAUGGCCAGUCACAGAGAUCUCAUGGCAAAUCAGAGAGAUCUCUGGGUAAAUAUGAGAAAUCUAACAGUCAAUCAGAGAGACCUCAUGGUCAAUCAGAGAGAUCUAAUGGUCAAUCAAAGAGGUCUAAUCGCCAAUCAGAUAGAUCACAUGGCCAAUCAGAGAGAUCUCAUAGCCAAUCAGAGAGAUCUCGUGGUCAAUCAGAGAGAUCUCAUGGCCAAUUAGAGAGAUCUCAUGGCCAAUCAGAGAGAUCUUAUGGCCAAUCAGAGAGAUCUCUUGGUCAAUUAGAGAGAUCACAUGGCCAAUCUGAGAGAUCACGUGGCCAAUCAGAGAGAUCUCAUGGCCAGUCACAGAGAUCUCAUGGCCAGUCAGAGAGAUCUCUGGGUAAAUAUGAGAAAUCUAACAGUCAAUCAGAGAGACCUCAUGGUCAAUCAGAGAGAUCUAAUGGUCAAUCCAAGAGGUCUAAUGGCCAAUCAGAUAGAUCACAUGGCCAAUCAGAGAGAUCUCAUAGCCAAUCAGAGAGAUCUCGUGGCCAAUCAGAGAGAUCUCAUGGCCAAUCAGAGAGAUCUCUGGGUCAAUCUGAGAAAUCUAACAGUCAAUCAGAAAGACAUCAUGGUCAAUCAGAGAGAUCUAAUGAUCACAUGGCCAAUCAGAGAGAUCUUGUGGCCAAUCAGAGAGAUCUCAUGGCAAAUCAGAUAGAUCUCAUGGCCAAUCAGAGAGAUCUCAUGGCCAAUCAGAGAGAUCUCAUGGCCAAUCAGAGAGACCUCUGGGUCAAUCAGAGAAAUCUAAUGGUCAAUCAGAGAGACCUUGUGGUCAAUUGGAGAGAUCUAAUGGUCAAUCAGAGAGGUCUAAUGGCCAAUCAGAUAGAUCACAUGGCCAAUCAGAGAGAUCUCAUGGCCAAUCAGAGAAAUCUCAUAGCCAAUCAGAGAGAUCUCAUGGCCUAUCAGAGAGAUCUUGCAGCCAAUCAGAGAGGUCUAAUGGCCAAUCAGCGAGAUCUUGUGACCAGUCAGAGAGAUCACAUGGCCAAUCAGAGAGAGCUUGCAGCCAAUCAGAGAGAUCUUGUGGCCAAUCAGAGAUAUCUCUUGGUCAAUCAGAGAUAUCUCUUGGUCAAUCAGAGAGAUCACUUUGUCAGUCAGAGAGAUCUAAUGGUCAAUCAAAGAGAUCUAAUAGUCAAUCAGAUAGAUCUUGUGGCCAAUCAGAGAGAUCGCAUGGCCAAAGGGAGAGAUCUCGUCACCAAUCAGAGAAAUCUUGUGGCCAAUCAGAGAUAUCUCUUGGUCUAUCAGAGAUAUCUCUUGGUCAAUCAGAGAGAUCACUUGGUGAAUCAGAGAGAUCUAAUGGUCAAUCAGAGAGACCCUGUGGUCAAUCAGAGAGAUCUAAUGGUCAAUCAGAUAGAUCUUGUGGCCAAUCAGAGAGAUCGCAUGGCCAAAGGGAGAGAUCUCGUCACCAAUCAGAGAUAUCUCUUGGUCUAUCAGAGAUGUCUCUUGGUCAAUCAGAGAGAUCACUAG